AGCAAAUGCAUAUGGAGUCGAGAAAAAGUCAAAUCAAAUCAAAAAAAUCAGUCGAUUGUCAAACGUUGUGUUAGCGUGUGGUGUGUGUCGUUUCAGUGCCAGAAAUAUCGCAUGAUAUUCAAGAAUAUCCCUCCGGAAAAGAAUUAAAGCAACGGUGAAUGAGGUCCGAAGAUUUUCAACAAUCUAAUUCCAUUUAAUUGCGAGCCGAACAAACCAGCCACAUCUUCAACAACAACAAUAACAGUAAGCCAUGAGGAGUUGAAGGCGCAGCCGGCGAUGCAGCUGAAGCGCCCCUUUCGCUCGGCGGGCGUGAGAAAAGCCCUGGGACUGUUCGCGGGCGUAUUGAUCGUCUAUUUUCUCAUCGAUACGUUCGUCUACGGUCUACAGACGGCUGAGGAUCUGUCCGAUCGAGGCGGCGGCGUCGCGACGUCGUCGUUGCGACGCCGCGGGGGGAACGGCUACGAGUACGACAGGCGGAUGCCGUUGAUUUUCAUCGGCGGGGUUCCCCGAUCGGGUACGACGUUGAUGAGGGCCAUGUUGGACGCCCAUCCGGAUAUUAGAUGCGGCCAGGAGACGCGCGUAAUUCCUCGCCUCCUCCAGAUGCGCUUCCAUUGGAUGAAAUCCGAGAAGGAAUCGUUGAGAUUAGAGCAGGCCGGUAUCACCAAGGCCGUCUUGGAUUCGGCAAUCGCGGCGUUCGCUUUGGAAAUUAUCGCCAAGCACGGAGAGCCUGCUCCGAGGCUCUGCAACAAGGAUCCUCUUACUAUUAAGAUGGGCACGUACGUGAUCGAUCUCUUCCCCAACGCCAAAUUCAUAUUUAUGGUGAGAGACGGCAGGGCGACGGUGCAUUCGAUCAUCUCCCGCAAGGUCACCAUCACCGGCUUCGAUUUGUCCAGUUACAGGCAAUGCCUGAAGAAAUGGAACGUCGCCGUCGAGGCCAUGAACAAUCAAUGCAACGAAUUGGGACCCAAAAAAUGUCUAAUAGUUCCCUACGAGCAGCUGGUGUUGCAUCCGAGAGAAUGGAUGCGAAAGGUCCUGGAUUAUCUGGACGUGCCGUGGAAUGAGUCGGUGCUCCAUCACGAAGAUUACAUAAAUAAAGGGAUCGAAUUGAGCAAGGUGGAACGUUCGAGCGAUCAAGUGAUAAAACCGGUGAAUUUGGAGGCCCUGUCGAAAUGGGUGGGUAAAAUACCCGAUGAAGUCGUUCGCGACAUGGCCGAUAUCGCGCCGAUGCUCUCCGUUUUGGGAUACGAUCCGUACGCGAAUCCGCCGAAAUACGGCAGGCCCGAUGCGGAGGUGGCCGUGAAAACGAAAGAAAUCGAAUUGAACAAGAAGGCGUGGGAGGAGAAAGCCAAAGAAAUGCUGUGGCAGGAUCAAUCGCUGUUCGACGAUAACAAUGCGAAUAACAAAUUGGGCGAUCCCAGCGAUUCGCCCAACAGUAUUACUUGACAAAUUUCGAUUUGUUUUAUAUUUAUACGUUUGUAUUAUUGAAUAGUUAAUCGAUGUGUUUGUUUUUCGGAGCGCGUGGACCAUUUUUUAUUCGACUGAAAUUGAUAAAUUUAUUGAUUCAUAUGGGAAAUAUUAUGAAUUUUUUUGGCGUGUGUAUGUGUGUGUGUGUGUGUAAUUGUUUAUAAUUUGAAUUAUGGAAAUUUGUACGGUUAAGAUCGAGCAAAAAUUCACCAUAAUAACUAGUUAAAUAUAGGUAAAAGCUAAUUUGUUUGCGAUGAUAUGGCAACAUCUAUGAGUUGAACAAAGAAAGAUUCUUAUUAAAAGAACUGUGAGUUCACAGAAUCACUCAGAACUCUGUACAAUUAUUUAGAACUCUCCAGAAUCGCUUAGAACUGUCGACAAUCAUUUAGAACACUCCAGAAUUGCUUAGAACUGUCGAGAAUCGUUUAGAACCCUCCAGAAAUAUUUAGAACUCUCCAGAAUCGCUUAGAACUGUCCAUAAAUUAUCUUUGUUGCAUUCCUAUAGCCCAUAUUGCAAACAAAUUUCGCAUCUACCUGUAUAUUUUUUAAUUUAAAACCAUUACACAAUUACUAAACGUUGAUAAUAUUUAUUUUCGCGAAAUUAUAGUGAUUUUUUGCUGGUCUUGUGUCAUACCCGGGCCAUUAUUAGUGAUAAAAUAUUUAAUUUCUAACCGAUUUCCAUAAUUUCGAAUUUGUUUUAAUCUCGACUUCUUUUUUUUAAUAAUUUAAUUAAAAAUACGGGUGUUUUAUUACGGUUCAAUUAAAAAAAAUGCGUUUAUAUUAAACGUGUAAGUACGGAACAUUUGAAAUUAAUAUACAUACAUAUUUAUAUACUUAUAUCAAUGGAAAAACAAUCACGAAUUUACGAAUUAUAUAGAGGAAAAUUAUGUAUAAAUUUAUUUAAACAAUUAGAAUUAUAGAGAAAUUUCGAAUGGUACUUAAAUGAAAAGCGGAAAAUGUGAUAAAGUGACCCGUAUGUAAUGAGAAAUAUUUAAUUUUUUUGAUAAGUUUCAAAUAUUUAUAACUUUUAACAAUAUAAAAAGCCACUGAAUUGUGUUUGAAUAGUAAUUUAUGUAAUAAAAUAUUUUG